AUGGAACGGGAGGUGGGAGCAGAGGCCCCGGGCAGGUUUAGUCUUUUGGGCUUCCUGGUCCGUAUAAACCACGUGUGGCUCUCCAGACCAGAGGCGUGGACAUGCUUGUCAACACCUGUGCCAUCUCUACCUGCCCUGAGGCCUGCUUCUGAAAGCAGGGCCAGAGGAAGACACCCAAGCUACUACUUCCUUCCAGUUUUUUGGACCAACCUGGCACCUAACAGUCAUAAAAAGAGCUCCAGUGUACACACCAGGCAAAAAACAGUGCCACCCCCCACUCCCCACCCCCGGGGAACCCCCACCACCCCCAGAGCCUGUAGUGUCCUGGGGCUCCAAGGACCACCUAGAAACUGCCCUGCGAAUCUCCGGCUGGGAGCUGAGACCACAGCUCUGCCUCUCCUGGCAACAGUCCACCUGCCUCUGGGACAGACGCGCUGUUAA